AUGGGAUUUCUCGAGUUUCUGUCCGCCCUUUUCGGCGUGAUAUACUUCGUGGCGUGGUCGGUGAGCUUCUAUCCACAAUCAAUCCUCAACUUCAGACGCAAGUCCACAUCCGGGACCACGGUUGACUUCCCCUUGAUCAACUGCCUAGGUUUCGCUGCCUACAUGGUCUCCAACAUGGCCUUCUAUUAUUCGCCCUUAAUCCGUGCCCAAUAUGCCGCCCGCUACAAGGGGCUGACCCCCACCGUGCAUUUCAACGACAUCACUUUUGCUGCGCACGGCCUCUUCAUGUCGCUCAUAACCACCAGCCAGUACUUAUGCCCCGGCGCAUGGGGGUUCACUCCCAGUAUGGGCAACAGACCCAGCCGGCUCAUCCUUGGUAUCUUUUUUGGCUGUGUAGUCGGCACUACAGCCGCCAUCUUCAUCGUGCUCGGGUCUCCCGAGCGGGAUAGUACUCACGAAGCCGUGUCGUCGUGGGUCUGGCUUGAUGCCAUCUACGCCAUCUCGUACGUCAAGCUGAUCGUGACGCUCAUCAAAUACACACCCCAAGUCAUUGUCAACUACCGCAACAAGUCGACCAAGGGCUGGAGUAUUCUGCAGAUCCUUCUUGAUUUCUCCGGCGGCAUCUUGAGCAUAUCCCAGCAGUCCAUAGACAGCUAUAUCCAGCGUGACUGGUCCGGAAUUACAGGCAACCCAGUCAAGUUCGCCUUGGGAAACGUCUCCAUGAUUUACGAUCUCGUAUUUAUGACCCAGCAUUAUGUGCUCUACCGCGGCGCAGACGGGAAGCAGACGGAGGGCGACUCGCUGCUUGGGUCUGACGAGGAGCGCCGGAUUGAUUGA